AUGGUUGCCCAGCCGGCCGACUGUUCGUCCCCCGCGCCCUGCGCCCAGAGGCGGGCGGCGUUCCUCCUUUCACAGCGUUUUUGGUGGCCCACGCUCCAUGCUGAUACCAAGCGCUUUGUGGCGGCCUGUUCCAUCUGCGCCCGAAGCAAGUCCUCCCACCAGGCCCCAGCUGGGUUCCUGCGACCCCUCCCCAUUGCCCCCCACCCAUGGUCACACUUUGACUUUGUCACCGGACUCCCCGCAUCAAGAGGCUUUACAGUCAUUCUGACCAUCGUGGACAGGUUUUCUAAAUUCACCCACUUUGUCCUCCUCCGCAAGCUUCUGGUUCAACAUGUGGUCUGCCCGCACGGCAUCCCCAGCGAUAUUGUGUCCGAUUGGGAUCCACAAUUUUCCUCCUCCACCUGGAAGGCCUUCUGUAAGGCCCUGGGGGCCACCGCCAGCCUGUCCUCAGGUUAUCACCCCCAGUCCAACAGCCAGACGGAACGGGUCAACCAAGACCUGGAGGCUACCCUUCGGUGUGUGACUCAUCAAACCCCCACUUCGUGGUCCGUCUUUCUUCCAUGGGUGGAGUACUCUCAUAAUACACUAGUGUGUUCCUCCACGGGCGUGUCGCCAUUUCAAGCAGUCUAUGGUUAUCAGCCUCCUAUAUUUCCAUCCCAGAUGCCAGAAGGUGCCGCACCGUCACUAACCUCCCACAUCCGUCAUAUCCACUGGGUCUGGCGCAACACCCGAGCCGCCCUCGCCCGCACAGCCAAACGCAACCAGAGAUUGGCCGAUCGCCAUAGGAAGGCGGCACCCGACUAUAAACCGGGACAGAAAGUGUGGCUGUCUUCCCGGGACCUCCCCCUGGCAGUGGAGUCCAGGAAACUGGCACCCAGAUUUGUCGGCCCAUAUGAAGUGGUGAAGAUGGUGAACCCGGUGUCGGCCCAGUUGAAAAUCCUGGCCUUUAUCAAGUCCCACCCGGUAUACCACGUGUCUCGCCUCAAGCCGGUCACCUCUUGUGAGUUCAGCCCCCCCCCAGUGCCCCCUCCGCCACCUCUGUUGAUCAAGGGUCACCCUGCUUUUACUGCCAGAGCCAUCCUGGAUGGCAGGAGACAGGGCAGGGGUGUCCAGUACCUAGUGGACUGGGAGGAUCGGUCAUGGGUUGCGUGGUCUCUUAUCCUUGACCUGUCGCUCCUCACAGAGUUUUACAGUCCUUCAGCUGCCGUCCUGCAGCCCAGUAGCCCGUCCAGCUCCUACGGCUCUAUCCUGACUUCCUGCGACUUUAACGACGAAAGCCAACCAUUCUGCCAGUUCAAGCAGGACUCGACGGACGAUGGCGACUGGACUCGACACAGGGGUCCGACUCCGACAGCCGACACGGGUCCCCCAGGAGACUACCCCGAUGGAAAGGGGUUUUACAUCUACCAUGAGUGUGACAACGUGGCAAACAACCGGAAAGUUCGUCUGCUGAGUCCCGCGCUCUCGACGACGGCUUCCAAGAUCUGCAUUCAGUUCCGGUACUACAUGUACGGAUCUGACAGUAACAACAUGUUGAGGGUUCUGGCAGUGACUUCGGGUACACAGUUUGAGGCAUGGAGCAAGACCGGUAUCCAGAGUCCAUCCUGGCUGAAGGGCGCCACCACAGUAUCCAAACCAACCAGCGAUGCAGUCACUAUUGUGUUUGAGGCUCAGAGAGGCCUCAGCGCUUCCUGUGACUCAGCGCUGGAUAACAUCGUCAUUAUGGAAGGAGCAUGUCCCGCUUGCGUUGCUAGCUGUGACUUUGACAGCCUGGGUGACCUCUGCGGGUGGUCCACUCACACAGACAACCCAGACAUAUUCGGUUUCGAGCAGUGGGUCGGCCCAGGCGAGACCGUAGGAACCGGACCCGAUGAUGACUUCUCCAGGCCUGGAUUGGGGGCCUACAUGCUGAUGACUUCUGUUGAUGCUAACCCUGGAGAUCAGAGUCAAAUAAGAAGUCCUGUCAUCACCCCUUCUUCUUCUGAAUGCCUGGACCUCACGUUUUAUUACUAUCUGUAUGGCACCAGUGCAAAGGUGGAGCUCAGCGUCCACACCAUUAACGAGGGCGGAAGCCUCGGACCCGCCAUCUUGACUUUGAGGGGGAACAAAGGUCAAGCCUGGAAGCCUGCAGAAGUGCGCUACCUUGGAGCCACAGCCGUCCAGUUUGUAAUUGUGGGUACCUAUGGAGAGACCUCUCUGACUGAUAUUGCUGUGGAUGCUGUGUGUGUCAUGGCCUGUCAAGGUCUGCUAACAACACCACUACCAACGGGGCCUACUCCAACACCAACUCCUGGAGUGACUACACCAACACCUACAACUCCAAGACCUACAACAUCACAACCAGUCCAGUGCCCUCCAAAUGCAGACUACAUAGAAUGCGGUCCAGCUUGUAUCCCCACAUGCAUGGAACCUUUCAGCAACUGCAGCGGCCCCUGUAUCACUGGUUGCUUUUGCAAACCAGGCUUUGUCUUUAAGGGAAAACAAUGCGUGCCGCUGGAGAAAUGCGGUUGCCUGGAUGACCACAACAACUAUUACGAGCCUGGGGAGAUCGUAUUUGGAGACGGCUGUUCAAAGCUUUGUCGCUGUGCAGGGAACUACACUUUGGAAUGUGUGGAUAACUCCUGUGAUCCCACUGAGGAGUGCCGUGAAGUCAGUGGGGUUGCCGGAUGCUACCCUAAAGGUACAUCAACAUGCAUAGCUUCUGGCGAUCCGCACUACACAACCUUCGACAAACGCAAGUACAACUUCAUGGGGAACUGCAGUUACACGAUGACCGUAACCUGCAACGCAUCAGCUUUGCCCAACUUUGCUGUCUACGCUGACAACGAAAACCGCUACAACAGGCCUACCAUCUCCUACGUGAAGGCAGUUCAUGUGUUCGUAGAGUCCGGCAGCGUCUCCAUCUUCAAAGGAGGCGUCGUACAUGUGAAUGGCAUCAAAGUCAACCUGCCGCUGAGUCCGUUUCCAGGUGUCUCUGUGUUCAGAUCAGGGAAGCACUACACUGUGUCCUUGGAUUUUGGUGUGACAGUGCGCUACGACGGAAACCACUUUAUGGACAUUAAAGUGAUUAAAGACUAUAAGGGUUUAGUGUGCGGACUGUGCGGAGAUUACAACGGAGACCCCAAAGAUGACUUCCUCAUGUCCAAUUUCACGUUGACUGACGAUCCCAACGAGUUUGGACACAGCUGGAACAUUGAUCCAAAGUGCAACACUAAACCCAACACCACUAAUCCUGGAUGUGAGGAAGACGAUCAGAAGCUGUAUGAAAGUUCUGGAUAUUGCGGCGUUCUGUUGGACAGAAAUGCUCCUUUUGCUGUGUGUCAUGCCAAAGUCAACCCCAAUAAUUACUUCAAGGACUGCGUCUUUGAUCUUUGCGAGCUUGACGGCACAGCGUCCAUUCUGUGUGAAGCCAUUGAAGCCUACGUCAACGAGUGCCAGGACCGCGGCGUCCAAAUCGGACCCUGGAGGAACCAAACUUUCUGCCCUUUGAGCUGCCCACCCAACAGCCAUUAUGAGCCCUGCGCAGACCCGUGUCAGGAAACGUGUUCUUGGAGACCCCCUGCCUGCAGCGGACCAUGCAGCGAGUCCUGCGUGUGCGAUCCUGGCUACAUCGUGAGUGCUGGGAAAUGCGUGGAUAACAGUUCGUGUGGCUGCCGCCACACCAACGGCCAGUAUUACCAGCCAGGAGAGGAGUUCUAUGUUGACGGCUGUACUCAGAAGUGUCGAUGUGAAGCUCCCUUUUUUUCAUGUGAGCAAACUCAGUGCCCCCCAAUGCACCACUGUGUGAUCCAGGAUGGAGUUCAAGGUUGCUAUCCCACAGGAACACCAGGACCAACAACUCCAAGACCAACGACACCAAAGCCAAUCCAGUGCCCUCCAAAUGCAGACUACAUAGAAUGUGGUCCGGCUUGUAUCCCCACCUGCAUGGAACCUUCCAGCAACUGCAGUGGCUCCUGUAUCACCGGCUGCUUUUGCAAACCAGGGUUUGUCUUCAAGGGAAAACAUUGCGUGCCGCUGGAGAAAUGCGGUUGCCUGGAUGACAACAACAACUAUUACGAGCCUGGGGAGAUCGUAUUUGGAGACGGCUGUUCAAAGCUUUGUCGAUGUGCAGGGAACUACACUUUGGAAUGUGUGGAUAACUCCUGUGAUCCCACUGAGGAGUGUCGUGAAGUUAAUGGUGUUUCCGGAUGCUACCCUAAAGGUACAUCGUCAUGCAUAGCUUCUGGCGAUCCGCACUACACAACCUUCGACAAACGCAAGUACAACUUCAUGGGCAACUGCAGUUACAUGAUGGCCGGAGUCUGCAACGUAUCGUCAGCUUUGCCACUUUUUGAGGUCCAUGCUGACAACGAAAACCGCUACAACAGGCCUACCAUCUCCUACGUGAAGGCGGUUCAUGUGUUUGUAUUGUAUCCCCAUGGGGCAUCCUCCAUCUUCCAGUCGGGCACCAUACAUAACGUCUCUAUCUUCAAAGGAGGCACCGUGCAUGUAAAUGGCAUCAAAGUCAACCUGCCGCUGAGUCCGUUUCCAGGUGUCUCUGUGUUCAAAUCAGGGAAGCACUACACUGUGUCCAUGGAUUUUGGUGUGACAGUGCGCUACGAUGGAAACCACUUUAUGGACAUUAAAGUGAUUAAAGACUAUAAGAACUUACUGUGUGGACUGUGUGGAAAUUACAACGGGGACGCCAAAGACGACUUCCGCAUCCCGAAUGGAUCAUUGACCAGUGAUCCCAAUGAGUUUGGAAACAGCUGGAACUUUGAUCCAGAGUGUAACGCUAAACCCAACACCACUAUUCCUGGAUGUGAGGAAGACGAGCAGAAGCUGUAUGAAAGUUCUGGAUAUUGUGGUGUUCUGUUGGACAAAAAUGGUCCUUUUGCCGUCUGUCACCCCAAAGUCAACCCCAAUAAUUACUUCAAGGAUUGCGUCUUUGAUCUUUGCGAGCUGGACGGCGCUGCGUCCAUUCUAUGCGAAGCCAUUGAAGCCUACGCCAACGAGUGCCAGGAUCGUGGGGUCCAGAUCGGACCCUGGAGGAACGAAACCUUCUGUCCUUUGAGCUGCCCACCCAACAGCCAUUAUGAGCCCUGCGCGGACCCGUGUCAGGAAACGUGUUCUGGGAGACCCCCUGCCUGCAGCGGACCAUGCACCGAGUCCUGCGUGUGCGAUCCUGGCUACAUACUGAGUGCUGGAAAAUGCGUGGACAACAGUUCGUGUGGCUGCCACCACACCAACGGCCAGUAUUACCAGCCUGGAGAGGAGUUCUUCACUGAGAACUGUACCCAGAAGUGUAGAUGUGAAGCCCCCUCUGUUGUCUGCAAGCCAUCUGGAUGCCCACCAACCCACGAGUGUCAAGUCCAGGAGGGAGAGUUAGGCUGCUAUCCCACAGGAUCAACCACACCUGAACCAACAAGUCCCGGAGUGACUUCACCCGAACCUUCAACUCCAAGACCAACUACACCAAAACCAAUCCAGUGCCCUCCAAAUGCAGACUACAUAGAAUGUGGUCCGGCUUGUAUCCCCACCUGCAUGGAACCUUCCAGCAACUGCAGUGGCUCCUGUAUCACCGGCUGCUUUUGCAAACCAGGGUUUGUCUUCAAGGGAAAACAUUGCGUGCCGCUGGAGAAAUGCGGUUGCCUGGAUGACAACAACAACUAUUACGAGCCUGGGGAGAUCGUAUUUGGAGACGGCUGUUCAAAGCUUUGUCGAUGUGCAGGGAACUACACUUUGGAAUGUGUGGAUAACUCCUGUGAUCCCACUGAGGAGUGUCGUGAAGUUAAUGGUGUUUCCGGAUGCUACCCUAAAGGUACAUCGUCAUGCAUAGCUUCUGGCGAUCCGCACUACACAACCUUCGACAAACGCAAGUACAACUUCAUGGGCAACUGCAGUUACAUGAUGGCCGGAGUCUGCAACGUAUCGUCAGCUUUGCCACUUUUUGAGGUCCAUGCUGACAACGAAAACCGCUACAACAGGCCUACCAUCUCCUACGUGAAGGCGGUUCAUGUGUUUGUAUUGUAUCCCCAUGGGGCAUCCUCCAUCUUCCAGUCGGGCACCAUACAUAACGUCUCUAUCUUCAAAGGAGGCACCGUGCAUGUAAAUGGCAUCAAAGUCAACCUGCCGCUGAGUCCGUUUCCAGGUGUCUCUGUGUUCAAAUCAGGGAAGCACUACACUGUGUCCAUGGAUUUUGGUGUGACAGUGCGCUACGAUGGAAACCACUUUAUGGACAUUAAAGUGAUUAAAGACUAUAAGAACUUACUGUGUGGACUGUGUGGAAAUUACAACGGGGACGCCAAAGACGACUUCCGCAUCCCGAAUGGAUCAUUGACCAGUGAUCCCAAUGAGUUUGGAAACAGCUGGAACUUUGAUCCAGAGUGUAACGCUAAACCCAACACCACUAUUCCUGGAUGUGAGGAAGACGAGCAGAAGCUUUAUGAAAGUUCUGGAUAUUGUGGUGUUCUGUUGGACAAAAAUGGUCCUUUUGCCGUCUGUCACCCCAAAGUCAACCCCAAUAAUUACUUCAAGGAUUGCGUCUUUGAUCUUUGCGAGCUGGACGGCGCUGCGUCCAUUUUAUGCGAAGCCAUUGAAGCCUAUGCCAACGAGUGCCAGGAUCGCGGGGUCCAGAUCGGACCCUGGAGGAACGAAACCUUCUGUCCUUUGAGCUGCCCACCCAACAGCCAUUAUGAGCCCUGUGCGGACCCGUGUCAGGAAACGUGUUCUGGGAGACCCCCUGCCUGCAGCGGACCAUGCACCGAGUCCUGCGUGUGCGAUCCUGGCUACAUACUGAGUGCUGGAAAAUGUGUGGACAACAGUUCGUGUGGCUGCCACCACACCAACGGCCAGUAUUACCAGCCUGGAGAGGAGUUCUUCACUGAGAACUGUACCCAGAAGUGUAGAUGUGAAGCCCCCUCUGUUGUCUGCAAGCCAUCUGGAUGCCCACCAACCCACGAGUGUCAAGUCCAGGAGGGAGAGUUAGGCUGCUAUCCCACAGGAUCAACAACACCUCUACCAACAUACCCACCAGAGACUACACCUGAUGUAACAUCCCCAGUUGUUUCUACACCACAACCAACAACUCCCGGAGUGACUACACCAACUCAGUGCCCUCCGAAUGCAGACUACAUAGAAUGUGGUCCGGCUUGUAUCCCCACCUGCAUGGAACCUUCUAGCAACUGCAGUGGCUCUUGUAUCACUGGUUGCUUUUGCAAACCAGGCUUUGUCUUCAUGGGACAACAUUGUGUGCCGCUGGAAACGUGCGGUUGCCUAGAUGACCACAACAACUAUUACAAGCCUGGACAAAUCAUAUACAGAGACGGAUGCUCAAAGCUCUGUCGCUGUGUCGGGAACUACACUUUUGAAUGUGAGGAUAGCUCUUGCGGUCCCACUGAGGAGUGUCGCGAGGUUAAUGGCAUCUUGGGAUGCUACUCUAAAGGUUCUGCCACAUGCGUCGCACACAGUGAUCCGCACUACACCACCUUCGACAGCCACAAGUACAGUUUCAUGGGCAACUGCAGUUACCUGAUGUCGGCAGUCUGCAACGUGACAGCGUUACCCAACUUUGAGGUGUAUGCCGACAAUGAAAACCGCUACAACAACCUCGCCAUCUCCUACGUGAAGGCUGUGCACGUGCAUGCACGCCAGGUCAAGGUGUCUAUCCUCAAAGACGGUGCCGUCCAUGUGAACGGGUCCAAAGUCAACUUGCCGGUGUCUCCGGCGCCGGGUGUCUCGGUGUUCCAGUCGGGAAGACACUACACAGUGUCGAUGGAUUUCGGCGUUGUUGUGCGCUACGACGGCAUUCAGUUUAUGGACAUCAAAUUGAUUCAAGACUAUAAGAACGUAUUGUGUGGAAUGUGUGGCAAUUACAACGGAAUCGCCAAAGACGACUUCCGCAAGCCAGACGGGUCGUUGACUGGUGACAUCAACGACUUUGGACAUAGCUGGAACGUCGAUCCAGACUGUAAGAAACACAACAUCACCACACCCGAAUGCAACGAGGAAGACGAGAAACUGUAUGAGAGCUCUGCCUACUGCGGCCUUCUAUUGGACAAGAAUGGACCUUUCGCUGUGUGUCACCCCAAAGUGAACCCCAAUAACUACUUCCAGGACUGCGUCUUUGAUCUUUGCGCACUGGAUGGCGCUAAGCCUGCUUUGUGCGACGCCCUCGAAGCCUUUGCUGACGAGUGCCAGGACCGUGGGGUCCAAAUCGGAUCCUGGAGGAACCAAACCUUCUGUCCUUUGAGCUGCCCCCCCAACAGCCAUUACGAUCCCUGUGCGGACCCCUGUCAGGAAACAUGUUCUGGAAAGCCCCCUUCUUGCGAGGGACCGUGUACGGAGUCCUGCGUGUGCAAUCCUGGCUACAUCCUGAGUGCUGGAAAAUGCGUGGACAACAGUUCCUGUGGCUGCCACCACACCAACGGCCAGUAUUACCAGCCGGGUGAGGAGUUCUACGAUAACGACUGCAAACAGAAGUGUCGAUGCGACGCCCCCUCUGUUAGCUGUAAGCCAUCUGAGUGCCCCCCAAUGCACCAGUGUUUGCUUUUGGAAGGACAACUGGGCUGCUAUCCUACCAGCUCUAAGGACUGCAUCAUCUCCGGAGAUCCGCACUACAAUACUUUUGACAAGAAGUUCUACAGUUUUAUGGGCACAUGUACCUACACACUGGCCAGAACAUGCCAGAACAACACAGGUCCUUGGUUCUCAGUGGAGGGCAAGAAUGAGGAAAGAGGAGUUUCGGGAGUAUCCUACCUGAGAAAACUCUACAUCACUGUGGAUGGAAUAACACUCACGUUAAUGAAAGCCAGGAGGACACUGGUGAAUGGACGACGUGUAGCGCUGCCUCAUUUGCCAUCUCCUAAGGUGACGGUCAGUCUCGCUGGUCAGUACGUCACCGUGCAGACGUCCUUUGGUCUUCAAGUCCGCUGGGAUGGAAAGCAUCAUGCCCAAAUCUCUGUACCCAGCUCGUACUACAACCAGAUGUGUGGCCUCUGCGGUGACUUUGACGGUAGCCCCGACAACGACUUCACCAAACCAGACGGCGCUCUGGUCACCAAUGUCAAUGACUUCUGCAACAGCUGGCAGACUGAAGAAGACGAGGACGACUCAUGUUCACCGGGCACCAAACCUGAUCCGGACUGCAGUCCUGAACUUGAGGCUGAGGUGAUGAAACCGGAAAAAUGCGGUAAAAUCAAAGAUCCUGCUGGAGUCUUCCGGGAGUGCAUCAACGUGGUGAACCCCAGCACGUUCUUCCAGAGCUGCGUGUACGACAUGUGUCAGUUUGAAGGUCAACAGCAGGUCCUGUGUGACCAACUACAAGCCUACACUGACGCCUGUCACAGCGCUGGAGUCAAAGUUCACCAGUGGAGGACGCCAGAAUUCUGCCCGUUGGAGUGUCCCGCCAACAGCUCGUACUCUCUGUGCGUAAGCUCCUGCCCUGAGACGUGUUUGGGGGUAGUGGGACCCCCGGGCUGUCAGGACGUUUGUGUGGAAGGAUGCCGCUGUGACCCUGGAUUCAUCCUCAGCGACGACAAGUGUGUGUCCCUCAAAGACUGUGGCUGUUUGGAUGCCGCAGGGACGUACCAUCCUGUGGGUGAUGAGUGGCUCUUGGAGGGUUGCAAAGAGAAGUGUUGGUGUAAAAGCGGAUCGCUGCUGCAGUGCACCAACAGCAGCUGUAAAGACAACACUGAAAGUUGUCAGCUUCACCAAGGAGAGUACCAAUGUCGCCCCCUAGGAAACGGUAUCUGUUCGGUGUCCGGAGACCCCCACUACACCACGUUUGACAAGCGGAUCCACCAUUACAUGGGGGCCUGCUCUUACACGCUGACCAAGCUCUGCAACUCUUCCAACAACAUGCCCUAUUUCACUGUGGACACCCAGAAUGAGCACAGGGGGAGUAACAAGAAGGUUUCCUACGUCAGGGCUGUCGUGGUCAACGUGAAUGGCGUAACGGUCAUCCUGGGCAAGGGACGCACGGUCCAGGUUAACGGGUCAGUGGUGGUCCCGCCCGUCAAGACCGUCAGCGACGUUACAAUCUACUUCAGUGGCAAGUUUAUCAUCCUGGAGACGGUUUUUGGAUUGAGGGUGCGAUUUGACGGCAACCACCACGCCGACGUCAAGGUUCCCACUUCCUACAAUGGGCAGCUUUGCGGAAUGUGCGGAAAUUUCAACGGGAAUCCGAAUGAUGACAACCUAAAGCCGGACAAGAGUCCUGCUGCUAACACUAACGAACUGGGAGACAGCUGGCAGGUUCCUGACCCACGACCCGAUUGCACUAACAGCGGUGGCCAGGAGGACUGUGAUGAAAAGGUGGAGGAAGACGCCAAGAAACCAACGAGCUGCGGCAUGAUCACUGAUGUCAACGGCAUCUUCAAACUGUGUCACUCCGUCGUACCCCCCAAGCCCUUCUUAGAAAACUGCAUAUACGACAUGUGCGCCACCGGGGGGCAGACUGUGGCGUUGUGCCAAGCCGUGGAGAGCUACGCAGACAUGUGCGCUGUGGCUGGGGUCCCCAUCUCCUGGAGGAACACCACCUUUUGCCCUCUGAAGUGUCCCCCUGGAAGUCACUACACCCACUGCGGUUCCGCUUGCCCCCAACCCAGCUGUCAGGAUCCUGCAGGGCCGGGCGGCACCUGUGACCAACCCUGCGUGGAAGGCUGCAUCUGCAACACUGGACUCAUCCUGAGCGGUGACAAAUGUGUGCCACUAAGCGAGUGCGGGUGCACGGACAACAACGGAAAAUACAGACCGGUGGGAGAUACCUGGUUUACAGAGACGGACUGCUCGGAGCGUUGUAAGUGUAACAACAACCGCAAUGUGACCUGUGAGCCAUGGGAGUGCAGCCCAGCACAGGAGUGCAAAGUGCUGGAGGGCGUCCUGGACUGCCACUCUACUGGUAAAGGAGUAUGUCACGUUGCUGGAGACCCUCACUACUACACAUUUGAUGGCGUGAUGCACACCUUCAUGGGCACCUGCACAUACACUCUUGUCGAGGUAUGUAACGCCACGAGGGUAACGCCCUUCAAGAUAGUGGCGAAAAACGAGGAGCGCGGUCAACCAGAGGCCUCGUACGUUCGUUCAGUCAAAGUUUACCUCCCUCAUGACACGGAAAUCGAACUACAGAAAGGCCGCAGAGUACUGGUCAACAGACGUCGUGUGAGAACGCCGAUUUCGGUUAGUGGCGCCAAGGUGAUAACCAGCGGAGCGUACAACCUGCUGGAUGCCAACUUUGGUCUGCAAGUGAAAUUUGACGGCGUUCAUCACCUGGAGAUCACCGUGCCCGGCGAAUACUUUGACAAGCUUUGCGGCAUGUGCGGCAAUUACAACCACAAGUCGUCUGACGACAACCUGAUGCCUGACAAGAAACCUGCCAAGGAUGUCAUUCAACUGGGGAACAGCUGGAAGGCAGCGGGCGACAGUGACCCUGGCUGUCAACCAGACAAUCGACCGGAUGUCCACCCCAAUUGCAUGGCAGAGGAGGAGAAGCAAUACGAGGACCAGUGUGCUCGUGUCAUUCUGUCCGAUCGUUUCGAGCCCUGCCACUCUGUGGUGCCCCCUGAGGCCUUCUUAAGGAACUGCGUGUAUGACAUGUGCGAGUACGACGGCAUGGAGGCCACGCUCUGCGACAAUGUAGAGGCGUACGCUCAGGCUUGCCACAGCGCCGGCGUGACCGUCACCUGGAGGAACCAAACAUUCUGCCCCUUGCCCUGCCCUCCUAACAGCCACUAUUCCGACUGCACUGCCCCCUGCCCACCGACCUGCUCAAAUCUUUUCCCAAUCUUUUGCCACCUGCCGCCGACGGCCUGCGUGGAAGGCUGCCAGUGCGAUGCCGGCUUUGUCCUCAGCGACGGCAAAUGUGUGCCGCUCAGCAAAUGUGGCUGCCUGGAUUCACACGGAGAGUACUAUGAUGUGGGAGACUCGUGGCUGACGGACAAAUGCGUUGAGAAGUGCAUGUGUAACCUGGGAGGCCAGAUCACGUGCAAGAACCACAGCUGUGAUUCCAACUCAGUGUGCGCCCUGGACAAACAUGGAGACGUCUACUGCCAACCUGCCAAGUUUGACAAGUGCAGUGUGUCUGGGGAUCCCCACUACCGAACCUUCGACAGUUUCACGCAUCACUUCCAGGGCCCGUAUACUUACGUCCUGACUCGGGAUCAUGACCUGAAAGGCUCGCUAGUGCCGCUGACUGUACGUGGUAGGAACAUCCGACGUGGUGGAAAUAAGAAGGUUUCCUUCCUGGACCAGAUGUAUGUCGACGUUUACGGCGUCAACGUUCAAUUCCUGCAGAGGAAGGCAGUUCUGGUGAACAGGGAGAGAGUUUCGCCUCCUCUCACGCCAGUUGACGGAUUAACCAUCACAAUGAACACCAGACAGGUUCAGUUAGCAACCGACUUUGGACUUACUGUGCUCUUCGACGGGAAAAGUCGCGGAGAGAUCAUUCUGCCAAGCACCUAUAAGAACGCUGUGAGAGGACUGUGUGGAAACUACGACGGCAUUACCAGAAACGAGUACAUGAAGCCAGAUGGGACGCUAGUCAGGGACUUGAAUGUUUUUGGAGAAAGCUGGCGGGUUAGUGACAGAUUAGAUGAGGGCCCCAAGAGCAAUGGCAUACACAUUCACAGGCGAGAAGUGGACACAGAUCCAGAUUCAGGCUUUGAGACGUCUGACUGCUCCGACAGUGAACUGAGCGACUACAACGAUGUCGCUAAAUGUGGAGCUCUUACUGAGGCUAACGGACUGUUUGCUGCCUGUCAUGCCAUCUUACCGCCAAAAAGCUACCAGGAUGACUGUGUAUAUGACCUGUGUGCUGAGCGUGGCAGUGAAGAGUUACGCUGUGCUAGCUACGAAGCUUAUGCUGCUGCCUGUCAGGAAGCAGGAGUCAUCCUGGGACCAUGGAGGCAACAACUAUCCUGUGCGUUGUUGUGCGAAGGCAACAGCAGCUACUCGCCUUGCAUGACGCCAUGCCCCCCGUCCUGUGCAGACCUGGCAGCCCCCUCACAGUGCGAUGUCACUUCCUGCGUGGAGGGCUGCCAGUGCGACGCUGGCUUCGUUAUGAGCGAGGGCGUCUGCGUGCCGUAUGCGCAGUGCGGCUGCAUGUUCCUUGACCGAUACUACCCCCUGAAGGAAACGUUCGUGACAGAAGAUUGUUCUCAGGCGUGUGAAUGCACCACCACCGGCGCCGCAUGCCAGGAUAAAGUAUGCCAGGAGGGAUACGUCUGCACUGUCUACGACUACAGACGCGACUGCCACAGAGCGAGUCCUUGCCUGAGUAACCCCUGUCUCAACGGAGGACUCUGUCAAGAGGCGAGCAACGUGUCCUACACGUGUGUCUGUACUGAAGGCUACCAAGGAGUCAACUGUGAGAUUGAGAUCACCCCCGACACUGGAGGACUUGAAACCAAAUGGAUCAUCCUGAUUGCUGUGCUGGUGUCGUUGGCCGUCAUUGUGGUCGUCGUGGUGACCAUCGUGUGCGUUUGCAAACAUGCAAAGUCACACGUUUAUGUAAUUCAGAAGCUACCGUCAUCUCACAGUAGGAAAAACAAGAGAAGAGAACAAGCUCUCAGCAUGAAAUCAACAAGUGUGCCGUAUGAAAACAUGGAUACAAGGAGAACCACCAACAGCAUGACCACUAUGUGAUAACACUUGGCUGCCUUUUGGAAUUUGAUUUGCAGUUUUAUUCAACAGCAUAAAUAAAAUAGAACAAGUAGUCUGGUCAUAGUACUGUUCAUAUGUACAUACAGUAGAUCCCCACAUAUUCUCCAGCCAGCAUUCAUGCAUGGCCGCACAUUUUUGUUCAAAAAUGGGCCGUUUCUUCAUCAUCUCAUUCAAGUCAAGUGAGUAAGACGUGAUAAUAAAGCAUAAAAUGUACAGCGUCGUAAUCUAGCAUACAGUACAGCAUUGGUGACAGUUAGCAGACCCUCCAGGAUUUCACGGUGAAUUCCAGUAUGUGCAACGUCCGCACACAUUUUGGCCAAUCAUCAUUUUCGCCAAUCGCAUUUGUCCCUCAGCGGCGCUCAGCCGUCAGUCAUCAACCAAUCAAAUGUGUCAAGAUACAUGUUGUGAAUAAAGGAUAUGUUGAAAUAUACUGUAGUAGGCAUUUGUAGCUCACAAAAGUGAGUACACCCCUCAACCAUUUUUAUGACGAUACAUCUUUUCAAGGGAGAAUACUAGAAAUGAAGCUUGGAAUAUACUUUAGAGUAGUCUGUGUACAGCUGUUAUAGGAAGUGUCAUUUCUGUCAGAAUGUCCCGUGAGAGUAUUUGCAUUGUUUAAUCGUCUUCAGUAUCUUUUUUUAACUGUGAACAUUUUUUUGGUUUUUUUUCCCUCUCAGGUGAAGGCUGAGAUGUCAUUUUUAGUCUUUUCCUUACAGGAAUACAGGUGUAUUUUGUUGUGGCUGGAUGAAGCCUAUUUUGCACAUUUUUGCAUGCCAUGUUGGCAAAUGGCUCAGUCUUUUUUUUUUUUUUUUUUUAUAUUUCUUCAUGAAUUAUUUAUUGUUCAACAAAUUUCCCUAUUAUAAUUACAGUAAGUGAACAUCGCAACGAAUUAUCAUAACACUGACUGCAAUGUCUAAAACCAUUUUUGGGAAAAAGUCCCAAAAUUUGCAAAUAAAGCAUAUUUGGUUAGAUUUGGCAAAAUCCUUCCUGUGAUUUUUGGGGUUAAAGUUACAAAGGACACUUAAAACACUGAUAACAAAUGCAAUCACAAGCUCAUGCAAUGUUAUUGAAAAAAAGAAGUGCAUUUUAGGUCGCAACAUUGACAAAAAAAAAAAAAAGCCUACGAAAUCCUGGAGGGACUGAUUCAGGUAUUAAACCUAAUUGAAGUGUUAUGCAUUUAGCUCAUUAGCUUCCUUUGUCGCGAGUCAACCACGGCAGUUGACGAGAGAUGAGGAGGGUUCUGGAGAUAUAAAAUAAAACAUUCACUUUUAUUGCAAAUGCUGAGCUGAACUCGGAAAACGCCAAUGUCAAGUUAGCAGGACAGUUUGGAGGAGAAGGAGCGAGCUGGCGUAGUGUAUGAUUGAAUAGCAGGGAUCUACUGUACUAUGCUAUGUAUAUGUAUGUAUGUUAAGUUAUUCUAAUUACAGCCAAUCAGAUGUGUUCUAAAUAAAGUGUUUUUCCUGUGUCUUAGAGCGUUGUUUUCUGCCCCCA